GCGGGGCGGCAUGGGCUCGGGCCACCGCCUCCGCCCGGCCGCCCGCCAGGACUGUCGCGGCCCGCGGUGGCGACGUCGGCGACAGCAAAGUUUCCCUGGUGGCGGCCCGGAGGCGCAUCCUCCCGCAACUGUCAAGCGCUGGCGGCGGAAAUGAUGAGGCGCUGGCCAUUUUCCGAGCCCGGGUUUCCUGCCUGAGCCCCGCUCGAGCGAGCCACGAGCCAGGAGCCGGCGCGCGGGAGAGAACGCGCCCGGGGCGGGGGCCCGCCCGCCCCUUCGGGAUUUCGGGGGGCCGGGGGCGCGCGACGCCAUGGGCCGGCCGGGCCCGGUCCCCCUCUCUCUCAGCCUGGCUGCUCCACCUCGGUCUCCGCCAUGAACGGGCCCACCCUGCAGUCCUCCUCAGCCUCGUCUGCGUCCUCGGCCUCCACCUCGGCGGCGGCCGCCCCGUCCCCGCGGGGCUGGAGUGAGUUCUGCGAGCUGCACGCGGUGGCCGCGGCCCGGGAGCUGGCCCGGCAGUACUGGCUCUUUGCCCGCGAGCACCCACACCACGCGCCGCUGCGCGCCGAGCUCGUGUCGCUGCAGUUCACCGACCUCUUCCAGCGCUACUUCUGCCGCGAAGUGCGCGAGGGCCGGGCGCCCGGGCCGCCGGCACCCCGGGCCACCCCCGCCGCCCCCACGCGCGACUACCGUGAGACGGGCCGCGGAUCCCCGGCCAAGGCCGAGGCGGCCCCAGCCGAGCCAGGCGCCGGCCCCGCCGCCCCCGUCCCCGGCCUGCCCAAGGCCCGCAGCUCCGAGGAGCUGGCUCCGCCGCGGCCGGCCGCCACCUGCUCGCUCCAGCACCUGCGCCACAGCCUCCGCCACAUCUUCCGCCACCGCUCGGCCGGCGAGCUGCCCGCGGGCCCCGUCGCCACCAACGGGGAGGCCGGCGAGGCCCCGGCCAGGCCCGGCCUGGCCAGGAAGCUCCUGCCCUGGAGCCUGGCUCGGGAGCCGCCGCCCGAGGCCCUCAAGGAGGCGACGCUGCGGUACAGCCUGGCCGACGAGGCCUCCAUGGACAGCGGGGCGCGCUGGCAGCGGGGGCGGCUGGCUUUGCGGCGCGUGGGCCCCGACGGCGCAGACCACCUGCUCGAGCUCUUCGACCCGCCCAAGAGUUCAAAGUCCAAGCUACAAGCAGCCUGCUCCAGUAUCCAGGAGAUCCGGCGAUGCACACGUCUUGAGAUGCCUGACAACUUGUACACCUUUGUGCUAAAGGUGAAGGACCGGACAGACAUCAUCUUUGAUGUGGGAGAUGAACAGCAGCUGAAUUCGUGGAUGGCCGAGCUCCGGGCGUGCACAGGCCAAGGACUCGAGACCACAGACCCAGAGCCGCACUUUCCCUCAGCCACAGAACCCGGCACGGCUGACUCUCCAAGGGGAAGCACAGAUUCUUUGAACCAAGGUGCUUCUCCUGGGGCGCUGCUGGAUCCAGCCUGCCAGAAAACAGAUCACUUCCUGUCCUGCUACCCCUGGUUCCAUGGUCCCAUCUCCCGGGUGAAGGCGGCUCAGCUGGUCCAGCUCCAAGGUCCUGAUGCUCACGGAGUGUUCCUGGUGCGGCAGAGCGAGACACGGCGCGGCGAGUAUGUGCUCACGUUCAACUUCCAGGGCAUAGCCAAGCACCUGCGCCUGUCGCUGACCGAGCGGGGCCAGUGCCGAGUGCAGCACCUCCGCUUCCCCUCAGUCGUGGACAUGCUCCACCACUUCCAGCGCUCGCCCAUCCCCCUCGAGUGCGGGGCUGCCUGUGACGUCCGGCUGUCCAGCUACGUGGUUGUCGUCUCCCAGCCACCAGGUGUGACCCUGAUGCCCCUUGAUAAAGGGGGUGGGGACCGAGACCUCCUGUUGUGUCCUUCCAGCACCUGCCUCCACCCUGAUAAGACUGACAGUGUGGUCUCUCUCUCGGUCACUUGUCCCCCAGGUUCCUCCAACACUGUUCUGUUCCCUUUCUCCCUCUCUCGCUGGGAUUCAGAGCUGGGCCUUCCCCACCUUAGCGCUUCUGGCUGUCCACGGGGUCUUGGCCCAGAGGGUCUCCCAGGCCGAUCCUCUCCCCCAGAGCAGAUCUUCCACCUGGUGCCUUCGCCCGAGGAACUGGCCAACAGCCUGCGGCACCUGGAGCCCGAGCCCGCCAGUCGAGCCCGGGACUCAGACUAUGAAAUGGACUCCUCCUCCCGGAGCCGCCUACGGGCCAUAGACAAUCAGUACACGCCUCUCUGAUGGGCUUCAUGCUGCCCGGAGGAGCACAAGCAAGCAGAGAUGUGAACUUGUGAAUGUAACUUUCUUUCCUUCCUUCCAGAGAGAGAUUCAAGGGACACUUUUAACUGCUCAUUCCAGUUUGGAUGUGACCCUUCUAUUAGGCCUGUUAAAGGGCCUCCAACAAGUUCCAUUCUUACCUGGCUUUCUCCUUAUUGUUUACAGAUGUAGUUCUUGUUCAAGGAUGUCCCUAGGACCAGGCCCCAUCACUCUUGAGAGGCGGCCGGGGUGGGGGGAGAGGGAGGGCUGGAGUUGGCAGUGGAAACUACUUCUCCUUUUCACUGACACUGUCUGUCCCAGCUGACAGACUUUCUACUUGGGGAGGGGGCCCAUAUGGAAGCCCAAAACACUAACAAGCCCUGGAUUCUGCCGUGGUUUUCCCACUGUAGCGUCAGUCCAGGUGGCAGGUCUGCUGUACCCAAGCCACAGGUGACCACACCUAUCCUGCUUCCACUCUCAGCUUUAGGACAAAGUUCUGGCAGAUGGACAAGCUAAAGGUCAAAAAUGAUUUUAAACAUUUUUACCUCAGAUUAAUUUUUCAAAGAAUUCAGGUUUCAAAAUUAAACCAUUGCUUAUUUCAUUGCACUGUUUGAACUAAUACACAUGCAAUUUUUAUAGUCAGAGACAGCUAUGCAAACCUACUGACCAGUUCCUGGUCCAAGCCAGUAUGCCUGGCUUCCUUGUCUGUUAUAUUCUCAGGACAGUCACCUGUUGCUGAGGAGAUACUGUCCUUCCUAAAUGUAGAGAAGUGAAGUGUGUCAUUCUUUCAAGGAAAUUCCAAGCAAUUACUGAAAGAGGAGGGUGGCCAGGAACAGUUCCACCCCGGUGCCUUAUGAAUAAAAAACUGAAUUCUGGUUUACAGUAGCUUUAUGGUGAGAGUUAAACUGGGGUGAGGGAGGGGCCAGGAAAAAAAGGGCUGCUGGGCCCUUUCUAGUAAAUCUUUCACCAACAGGGCUGGCUCAGAGCCUCCAAGCAUCUAAAGGCUUAUUAAAUUAUUCCACAAGGUUUUAGGCUCUUUCUUGAGCCAAAAUGGAAGCUAGGAAUCUGGUGCCACAGCUAAUGGGAAACUCCUUUAAUAGUCCACAAUCAGUGUUCUGUUCCAGCAGUGACCACUGCUUCAUCUGAUGAAGACUAUGUGUGCAUGGAUACACAGGCACCCAUAACCUCCACCAUCCCCAGAGGUCCUGCAGUCGAAUCUCCAUCUGUACUUGCCUUUCACAAGUGACACAUUUCAUAGGGGGCUAGCUCCUCCCACAACUUUCAUGCAGAGGCUCAGAAACAAGGGAGGCAGUGACCCAGCAGAGUCAGCUGCUUCUGGUGCCAGCAGAGCCAUUCAGUAUAGCUGCCAGCCUCACCCAAGUGGCUUCUAGGAAACUGGGAGUUUUAUUAGCACAGCUUAACAUUUACAGAUGUAUCAAUCAAAGGCUAAAAUUAAACCUUGGCCUAGACUAACUACUGCCUGCCUUAUCUGGGGUGAGGGGUUUGUCUGUUCCAGCCAUUCUCUGUACUCCAGGAGGUCAGACUUUAGGAGGGGCAGGGAGGUAAGCAGCCACCUCGCUUCACUACUUUUAAAACCAACACUCCUGGCAGUCCAGUGGUUAGGACUCUGGACUUCCACUGCCAGGCACAUGGGUUCAAUCUCUUGUUAGGGAACUAAGAUCCCUCAAAAAAUCUACAUACUAACACUCCUGGGUGGUUUCACAGAUGGUAAAGUAUAUCCAACUCUCAAUCUAUGGUUGUGGUCCAUUUCUAAGGGCUCCAUUUUCUACACAUCAAGCAUUACUGAGUAAUGAAUGCUAAGCAAACGCAGACCAGGAGGGUAAACGUAGAGAUAUGACAUCUACAAGCCUGGGGCACUCGCUUCUUAACAGCCUCUCAACAUACAAGUCUCAGGUGGUGCCAAGAGGCUAGCCAGGCCCAGCAAGCUCGCAGCUCUGAAUGAUUGGCUGCAAAGUACAAGCUCAGAAUCUCUGAUACAGUCACCCACUUCCAGACAGCUUCAGUGUAAAAUGUUCAAGAAAAACAUUUCUUGACUAAAUGUGUCUGAGUUACCUGGACAGUUCAAAUACAUUCCAACAAAAAAGGCCCUUUGUGGCCUAGGAAGAAGUGACACUAAGCCAAUGCCUUUUCUUUCUGCUAGAGCAGGUCAAGCUGGAGGAAGGGGGAGCAGUGGGGCCCAGGGCGUGAUGCCCUCACAGGCAGUGAGGCAGCAACCCUGAUAGCUGCAGCCAGCCCACUGCAGUCAGAGCGCAUUCCAUCACCCUCUUUCCAGCCCCAAUGUGACCACUGCUGCCGGCAAGAGGCCAGGCCCUGAGUGGCAAACAGACCCUGAGUAUCGCCAGCCCUCUUUCAUCUCUAAUGACAGAUGACGAGGAUGGCCUGGCUGCUCCCAGCACCGUCACUUCGUUCACCUGACUUUAGUGAACUUUACAAACUAACAGUCACCAGCACCAAAGAAUUAAGUCAACUAACCUGCCUUGAAUUUUAGACCAGCAAUCCAUAUGGCUUUAUCUGGUAUAAAUCUUCUGCCUUUGAUCAUUUCUGGACCGUGUAGGAAAAAGGAAUAGCAAUCAUUAAAAUCUUAAGCCAGAGAACACUAUUUUUACAUAACAGUUUCUUAACCUAAAAUCAAAGCCUUGAACUCUUCCCUAAGGGUUGCCUGAGAUUCCUUCAUGCUGUUAUUCAGGGCUAAGUCUGUUAUCACAAAUAUCAUGUGAGUGCUAACAUCUCCCACAAGCUAGAGGAACAUGAUAGUUUAUUAUCCACUGCCUCUUAACAAGGACACAUCUGACACCCAGUGUUUAGCUGGAAUAAAUAGCACAUUGUAAUGACAACACAGAGAAUGGAUUCAUCUUUUAUCAUUAUAGGCAGAAGGUCUAUUUGGCAAAUUUUUAUGUAUUGUUUAUGUACUGUAUAAGUAACUUAUUCUUGAAUACAGAUUUUGCUAUAAUGUACAAAUUGCUACAUGUUAAUUAAAACAAAGGUUUUGGAAUCUUGA